AUGUCCGAGUUCUCCAUUAAUCCGCAUAGCCUAACAUACUUGGAGGAUGGGCAGUUUCUUUCUGGCUUCCAGACGGCAGUUACUCGCUCGGAGCAGUUCCUUUAUGUAAAGCCUCUUUCUAACCGAGUCAAGGAACACGCUGGAACACUAAAGAACUUGUCCGCCAGCCAAGCAAGCGUUGUUGAGAUUAGAUCAGUUGCAAGGCACCUUCGUGCUGAGCUUCAAGACUUUAAAACUAACGUCUCCGCAACAUCACAAGUUGCAGAGAAGGAAGGUGAGGGCUUUAUUUCGCAGGCUAAUGAGGUGGCAAAUACCAUCACCCACUUAGAACGGGUACAAGCCGUCAGAGCAUACCUUCUGGAUGUCAACAAGUGUGUUUCUACGCUUUUGCGCAUAAAGGACGCCAUUAAUGAGUGCAAGACGUUCCGCACAGAAUUUGAUAAGCUUAUGCUGGUGGUCGACGGCCUUGACCCAACGAAUCAAAACGACGUCGGGGCCUUUACAUACAAUGCUAGGUUGCUCGUAGCUCCCUGUAAGCAGGUCAAGGACAUCGUGGCAGAUUUGUUUUCGUUUGAGCGAGAGGUAUUGCCUUCGGUAAAGCGUCUCUCCAUUCAUAAAGAUUUUCACUGCCAGGUGAGGUUUCUUAAGGGCGAUAUCUUCCAGGGAAUUCUUCUAAGUUCCCUCAAUUCUUGGCUGUCAGAGCUGCGUAAAGGCUCAUCUCUCCUUGGAUGCCGAUUGAUGAUCUUAGCCGAUCAAUCCAUUAUAGACACAAAUGACUCCUUUAGCAAGGCACUCCAGGAGUUCCACGCUGAUCGAACCACUGGAUCUGCAAAGAAUGCCGGUGCCAUCUACGAUGUGAGCAGCGAUACAGCCGUCAAGUCAGAGGAUCAGUCAGCGGCUACUACCUCAUUAUUGGAAAAGCUCACUGCUCUCGGGCGCAAUGUUCGCAGCGAGUGCUAUUUUGACUACGUCAAUGAAAUACUAGCAGUUUCUGAACUCUUGGGUUUCAAGGAAGAAGCGAUUACCCAUAUUAUCUCAGUAAGGCAAAAGCAGGAGCCUAUAGUAGAAGCCUUUGACUACCUUCAAUACAUGGAAUCUUUAAAUAGUAAGAAGAUAUAUGAGAGGGUUUACGCCUACAUCGGGUACUUCUUCUACAACGCUUUACUCGCCUCCAUAGUGCCCUCUCUUUCUCAAAUAAUGAAUGAGCUGACUAUUUCUAGAUUUACCGUGCUAUUGCGCCGCCUAUGUGACGAGUAUUGCAAUGCACCUGACGCGGCCUUUAUACUUGAGUUCCAUCGCAUUAUCCUUUGCAUACGAUUCCUGGAAAACUUUCCAAAAGCCGAUGACAUUGUUUCCUACUUCAUGGACGUCUGUUUGAAAGUACACUGUGAAACCCAGGCCACUAAACACCGCUUAUCCAUCAUCUCUGUUAUUCAGGGGCUUCACAUUAACACUGAUAAAUCAGAUACUGCAAGGAUAUUGACCUUAAGAGAGGGUUUUGUGGACACAUUGCUCCUCUCCCUAAAGGGCCAAACCAAGGAGACACUAAAUGAUACUACAAUUAAGCUGCAGCGAUACAUUUAUUACGAGACUUUACAAAAGGCAGUUGAUCUUUCGAUCAUUAUCCUUGAAUUUAUCUUCGGUUCGCUGCUUUUCUUCUAUCCUUCAUGCAAGAUCUUGCAGCAAUACAAAGCCAAUUAUGACAAAAUGCUCUCCCUUAUAACAUUCGUAUGUUGUGGGGACCCUGCUCCCUCAGCCCUUGCAGCACUGAGAUGUGUACAAGAACAGGUUAGUGUCACGACUUUGCUAGACAGGGUCUUCUCCUUCCUCCUGGUCAACGUACAUCCGCAGCUCAUAGAGGCACUUUCGGACGUCUCUCAGAAUAAUAUAUUGGACAUUCUGCAGAAUCUUUAUCUAUUCAAAGGCUUCGACAUUUCAUUGAGACUGGUGUCAAAGGUACUUUUUGCCCUUUUUGGUUCGCGGGAGCUGUGCAGGCCGUUUGAUGAUAUCAUCGACCCGCUAUAUGCAAGCAUGUUCAGCUCAUUGAGCUACGUGCUUCCAGAUCCAAUUGUCAAGUCUCUCCGGUUCUUUGCAGCCACUAAUCAGCCAAUUGACUUCUGCACUAGUGAUUCUGUGGCUGCUCCAAAAAUCUUCCCAGGUACCCUUUCGAUUUCACUGAUAAAUAAGUAUAACUCCCCAGUUCCAACAGAUACCUCACUUCCGUUUAAGCUUUAUCUGGAGCGCUUUUUGAACUACUUUAUCGCAGCGCUCAGAUUUCUGCCUACAGAGUUGGUUAAUCAGAUAAUUAGGAUUUCCAACGUUCUACUGGUGGAUUCGUUUUUGCAAACAGUUUCCAAGUCGACUGCUCUCCGUAUCCCAGCAUCUGGAGGACUCCGAGCCUUCUGCGAGGAUCUGAAGACACUGCAGGAAAUCUCGGUUACAACCGGAAUUUACUACGAGCUCAGUUGUAGCAAUACGCAUGAGAGUCUUGUGAGUCUAUAUAACCUAGAGGAAAAUGAAAGCAUGAGACCUCCUAAGCAAAAGAUGUUCGUUGCGCUGGCUACUACAAUAGCAAAGGAAACACCGGGAUAUGGUGGAUUCAAGAUCCAGAGCGAGAGUGAGACUGUUGCAGAUAAAAUUAACGUAACAAUAGCGGACCUGAGUACGUUUUUACAUUUAAUCGAGUUCAAUGAUAGAGCAAUCUCAUUACUAUCCACAUUUCAAUUGGACAAUCAACAGCACUUGCAGUCUCUGCGAAAUAAAUGCUAUGACAUUAUGAAUGACGAGGCAAUAGAUAUAAGUAGGCUAUCUGAUAGGGAGGGGCGUCUUGUUAAAAUGCUUUCUCUAUCCAACGAUGAAUUUAGAAAGGUUCAGGCGGAAUUUUUAGAUUACAUUGCAAAUGCUUGCAGCACCGUGACAAUAUCGGAAAAAUCUUCCAGAACUUCAACCAUUAUUGCCAAGUCCCCGGAAAGUGUACUUUCUCCAUCAGCAGAAAUGUCUAAAGGCCGCGGGCUGGAACCCGGACAGCUGAAUGCUAAAAUAAAAACACAGUUUCUAUCCAUUUUUGCUCCUAAGCGUACAGGAAAAAAGUAUCCAAAAGAAUCUGUCAGCUCUUGA